UGUAUCCGAUUUUGGAUAAGCCGAUGACUAUUUUAGGCGGAAAGUGAAAACUAUAAUAUUUUAAAGCUUUUAUUUCUUUUAAGCAAUUUAUAAUCUAAAUCAUAAAAAGAGUAUAUCUUAGUGCAAAUUAUAGCAUCUACUAAUUUUUCAAUAUUUACUAAAAGCAAUAAAAUGAGUGAUUCUGUAAAUAUGUCACUAGACGAAAUUAUCAAGCAGAAUAAAAACAGAACUAGCCGAGUUCGAGGUCGAGGUGGUGGAAACGUUAGAGGACGUGGUGGUGGCCGCGGUGGUCGUAGAGGGCGCGCAGGUCGAGGAGGAGGUUCAGACCGAGGAAUCUCCCAAUCACGGGGUGGAAGCAAUAACAGGCAGGGCAGAUCUCGCUCACGGUCUCGUGGACCCAGGGGCAGAUCACAGUCACGUGGACGUUCAGAUUCUCGGGCAAGAUCAAAAUCCCGACAAAGGCGCUUUUCUUAUCCUAGAACCAGAUCUGCUUCACGUUCUCGCUCUCAGUUAAGAAGUUUGACUCCAAAAGCAAGAGCAGGUCUAGAGAAUGCAGUGUUUCAUGAUGAUAUGCCAGCUCUAGUGCGCUCAAACAGAGGAAACAGAGGAGGACCUCAAACAAGAUUCCGGCAUUUAAAUUACAAUCAGCAAGCACAAGGUAAUGUUCAUAGCAGACUUGGAUUAAACAAUCGAAGAGGUGGCGGAGGGAAUGCCUUCAAGCCCUUAGCAGUAGCCAAAAGAGGAAUUUCUAAACGGGGUCGUGGUCUUAUCACUAGAAAUCGUUACAGCUCUGUGGGCUUAAGAUCCGACCAAAUCUUACAAGAACGUCAAAACUUUAUACAAAAUAACAUAAUAAAGUCACAGACUUUUACACGCUCUAGAAACAAUUCACUAAAUUCAGCUUCACAAUUAACAGUUAGUGUAGCCAAUGAUUUUGCAAAAAGACGCAGAAAUAGUGUUGGAAAUGCAGGCUAUUUAAAUAAGCAAACUCUAGCCAAUUUAACUAAUGAUUUUGGCGGAUACAACACAAGAAGAGGCCCUGGAAGUGUAAAAUCAGUUGGAUCAAAUAGGUCUAAUCAAUCCAAUUCUAGUAGACGAUCAAAUCAGUCUAGGGGAAGAGGGCGUGGAAGGGGAUCUAGUCGUGGAAUAGGACGGAAGUUUGUAAAUAAGCAAAUACUUAAUCCAAAACUUCAGAAAGAAAUUGCAGCUAUCCAGGGUAAAACUUAUGGUACACCUAAAACAAACCUGGAAGCACCAAGUGGUGUUAACUUUUCUCCAACCCCAGCUGCUACGCAGCAAACCCUACAUCAAAGAUUUGCAACGACAUAAAACUUAUUUUUAUGUUUUAAAUGUACAUAAUAUAACAUUUAGUAUUAAGAAACUAUAGAAACUAUAUUGUUUUGUAUAGUAGAUACAGUAUCAUUCUAAUUACUUGCAAUCUCAUGAUUGAUAAUUUUUAUUGAUUUUCACACAUUCAAAAUUAUAUUAAC